AUGAUAUAUUUUAUAGAUCUAAAGCCUGAAAACAUCAUAGUCACAUUUGAAGAUCCGGUUGUACUUAAUGACUUCAUGAAUUCUCAGCUUGAGAGCCCAAUGCAAUAUAAAAUUGACCCUACAGGCCGACCAGUCUAUCGCUGUCACAAUGGUUCCGGGCCAAUAAGGGAACUUGAUGACGCAUGGGGUAUAUAUCCCAUCCAGCCAGGUCAAUAUCGCGCACCAGAGGUUAUCCUUGGCUGUGGUUGGAAAACGAGUACAGAUAUAUGGAACCUAGCACAUCUUGCAGAAACGAUUGCUUUACUUGGUCUUCCUCCUUCUGAGCGGGUCACAAGGGCAUAUUCAAUGCUGGACCACAAAUUGCCCGAGUCACUAAGGGGAGAGGAUGGCAAAUUUUGCGAGAGUUCCGAGCAAUAUUUUGAGGGCCCGUUCUUUGAUAGAGAUACUAUCUUUUUACAUAAUGAUUUAACUCCAAACCAGACUCUCGCAGAUGCACUCCCCUUUCUAGAGGAGAAGGAGAGAGAGAACUUCUUAUCAUUCAUAAAGAUGAUGAUGGCCCGGAUUCCGGAGGAGAGAAAGACGGCACGCGAAUUGGUUGAGCAUCCAUUUCUUCGACUUAAAAAUGUGAACAAGUCUCCAAACUCAUGA